AUGCCCCUGAUCAGUGAUCUGCUAGAAGAUCUGGAUAAAGCUCUAUGGUACUGCUCGUUAGACAUGGCCAGCGGGUUUUGGGUAGUGCCCAUGACGGAUCGGGCUCGCGAGAUCUCAGCAUUCAUUUCUACUUUUGGACUAUUCGAAUGCGGCCGCAUGCCUUUUGGUCUUCAGAAUGCCCCACAGAUCUAUCCGCGCCUCGUAGACAACGCGCUGUAUGGAUUUUUGAAGAUCUCGCGAUCCGGCGACGCUGGGGCCACAACGGAUGUGUUCCAGACCGGGAUCGCGGACGAUCCUGAUCGCGAGUCGGUGCUGGGUUCGUACAUCGACGACAUCAUGAUCGCAGCGGAAUCGUGGGACCAAAUGUGCCGAAGAGUGGAGGAUCUGUUAGAGGCUUGUGAUAAGUGGAAUUUGUCGAUCAGUGUAGCCAAGAGUUUUUGGGGGAUGGAUAAGGUGAGAUAUCUGGGACAUCGAGUGUCGAUCAGAGGUUUGGAAGCGAGCCCGAAAGACCUGCAAUCGUUGACCGAUCUGCCGUUCCCCGGAUCUCUGCGGUCUAUGCAGUCGUUCCUGGGCAGUCUAAAUUACUACAGCCGAUUCAUCGAAGAUAACGCUAUCUAUGCUUCGGAGCUCUACGAAUUACGUGAAGUGGAGUUUGCAGACUGGAGAAACGAUCGGAUCUGA